UGAAAGUAAAAGAAUGUCAUCGAAUUAUUGACAGCAAAAGUUCCGAGCGUCGUGGGUUGCUGAAUCUUUGUUGAUAGCGAUUUCCGUUCUUAUACAAUACGAUUUUACCAUUUCACACUAUUUUACACAUUCAGAACGCAACGCAUUUGUGUUGUUUUGAUAUCGUGGUGCGUAUUUGCCGAAAAUUAUUCGUGUUUCACCGAGUGAAAGGCAUUGGUUGAGCCGGUGCCGACCAACGUGUCACGUUGCGUGCAGAAGGAGUUUAGCGGAUAACGUACGUGUCGCUUUAUCCCGGUCGCGGUAAAUUGGUGGGGUGAUCGGUAUCGUGGAUUUUUAGCUCUCUUCUCGCUGAAGGGUUCGUGCCUAGAGUUGGAUCGCUAAAUUAAGAAAGUAGCACUGCUGAACGCGUGUGUAAACUUACCUAACCAUGGGAAAGGCUAAGAAGGGCAAGAAGGAUGCGGCCGGUGAAGGUGUCGACGAAAAUGUCAGCGAUAACGAUGUUCCGCAAACGGACAUAACGGAAGUGGAAGUUGAAAAUAGGAAAAAUGAUAAAAAGUCGGAAAAGGAAAAGCGAGCCAAGAAGUUGGCUGUGGAUAGCGAUGAUGGCGAAGAAGAUGAGGUUACCAAGGUAACAGAGUCCGUUAAAAAGAUGGCUGUAACCAAAAAGAAGGAUAAGCAGCCCUCAGCCGAAACGGAACCAACAACCAGGGACGAUUCGGAUGGUGAGAAAGCUUGCAAGAAUAAGGAUGCGAAAAAGAAAAAAUCGGCCAAAUCUGGGCCAGUCGGAUUUUCCUUAUUGAUGAUGGACGACGACGAUGACGUUGACGAUGCAGAAGAGGAGCCAACCAAUCAAGAUGAAGAGCGCGAAGAAAUGUUGCGCAAAAGUUCGGUAGAGGAAGAAGCCGCUCCAAAGGAAAGUGGCAAAGGGAAAAAAGCAACGCAGAACAAAAAGGAUUCCGGCUCAAAAUUAGACGAAGAAGAUGGAGUUGCAAAGGGUGGAAAAAAGAGCAAGAAGAAGAAAAAGAAGGACGAAGAUGAUGAUGAUGAGAUUGAUCGUAUGCUUGCGGAAUUAGGAAUGGAAUAUUCUGGUCAAAAACCACCUCCGUCUGUGGAAGAAGCUUCCACCACGCAAGAUGCUCAGCAAUCCGAGAAGCAAAGCAAGAAAAAAGAUAAGAAGAAGAAAAAGGACGAAACGAAUGUUGAUGCAAACGUCGAUCAACAGCCAGAGGCGGCCGAAGAAGAAGCCAAGACUGCACCUGAGAAGAAAAAAGGCAAGCAAAAUGUCCCCGCCAAGGAGGAACCUGUCGCUGAACCUGCAGAAGCAGCAGGGAACGAAGAGCCGAAGAAGAAGGGGAAAAAUAAGGGCAAGAAGAAUGAUACUGCUGCGACGGUACAGGUCGAGGAAGCAACUGCAGCUCCCAAGAAGGGCGAGCCAGCGAAGAAGAGUGAAGCUGCCGACACUCAAAGCGCGGAAGCUUCCGCCGAGUCGAAGAAAAAGAAACCCAACAAGGCCGCAUUGGCCAUCAUGCAGGAACGCCUGAAAGCUAUUCGCGAGGAGGAGGAACGUUUGCGGAAGGAGGAAGAGGAGAAGCAAAAGCUGGAGGAGCAAGCGGAACAGUUCCGGCUGGAGCAGUUGCGAUUAGAGCAGGAAAAGAAAGAAAAGAAAAAGCAGAAGGAAAAAGAACGCAAGGAGCGGUUAAAGGCAGAGGGCAAGCUGCUUACUGCAAAGCAGAAACAGAACCGGGCACGUGCCCAAGCGAUGUUGGAAGCACUCAAAGCUCAAGGUAUUGGUAUCCCAGAGUCGACCGGUGAGCGACGAGCAAAGCCCGGUUCUCGCAUUCGUCCGAAGAAAAAUCAAGACGCCAAUAAGGAGGUAACCGAGUCGAAAGAAUCGACACCUACUGCGGAUGAAGUAAAGGCAACGGAAGAAAAGAAGGUGAAGGAAAAGGAAGUGAAGGAAUCCUGGGAUGCGACAGACAGUGAAGAGGAAGAGCAGGAGGAAGAAGUUAAGCCUGUUGAUGGUAAAUCUGGUGCAGAGUUGUCACAACAGCAAUCGGUUGAAUCAAAAGACAGUCGUGGAACGGACGACGAGGAUGAUGAUGAGGAAGGCGAGGACGAUUCUGGUGAUGAUAACGAUGACGACAAAGGUUCGGAUGACGGUGAAAGUUCCGGCUCAGAGGUGGGCGAUCAUCGACGGGAGGCAGAAAAAAUGCGCCAGCGAGCAUUGGAUCGAAUCGCGAAUCGUACGCAAGAGGCCGAAAAGAAGAGAACGCUCGAACACCUGCGAGCCGCCGUUGUUUGCGUGCUGGGACACGUAGACACGGGAAAAACGAAGAUUCUAGACAAGCUACGGCGCACCAAUGUACAGGACGGUGAAGCUGGCGGCAUCACCCAGCAGAUUGGUGCGACGAACGUCCCGGCCGAAAACAUCAAGGAACAAACGAAGUUCGUGAAGGGCUUCCAGGAGCUGGAGUUCAAGCUGCCCGGUCUGCUGAUAAUCGACACACCCGGGCACGAAUCGUUUAGCAAUUUGCGAUCUCGUGGCUCAUCGUUGUGCGAUAUCGCCAUCUUGGUGGUAGAUAUUAUGCACGGGCUGGAACCGCAAACGAUCGAGUCAAUCAAUCUGCUCAAAUCAAAACGAACUCCGUUUGUUGUCGCGUUAAACAAGAUCGAUCGGUUGUAUGACUGGAGCACGAUGCCACGAAAGGAUGUGCGCGACAUCUUAAAGUCCCAAGCAUCCAACACGCAGCUCGAAUUUAACCAGCGCACGAAGGAAAUCAUCGUUCAAUUCGCGGAGCAGGGUUUGAACGCGGCCCUGUUCUAUGAAAACCCAGACCCGAAAACAUACGUUUCGCUCGUGCCGACGAGCGCCAUCACGGGUGAGGGUAUGGGCAAUCUGCUGUUUUUGAUAGUGCAAUUCUGCCAGAAGCAGCUUGCCAAACGACUGAUGUACAGUGAGGAUCUGCAGGCAACCGUGUUGGAGGUGAAGGCCAUUCCCGGUCUUGGUACCACGAUCGAUGCUAUUUUGAUCAACGGAAAGCUGCGCGAGGGCGAUACGAUGAUCUUGGCUGGUACAGAAGGACCGAUCGUCACUCAAAUUAAAGCAUUGCUUAUGCCGCAGCCGAUGAAGGAACUGCGCGUGAAGAACGCGUACGUGGAACAUAAAGAAAUUUUGGCAGCACAGGGUGUGAAGAUUGCGGCGAAAGAGCUUGAAAAAGCGAUCGCAGGAUUAAAUCUACAGAUAGCCCAUAAGCCCGACGAAGUGGAGAUUUUUAAGGAUAUAGUGGCUCGUGACUUAAAAUCUGCUUUAAACAGCAUCAAAUUGAGCGAUCGUGGUGUGUAUGUACAAGCCUCUACCCUUGGAUCCCUGGAAGCUUUACUAGAGUUUUUAAGAACUUCGAAAAUUCCGUAUUCCGGCAUUCGAAUUGGUCCAGUUGUUAAGCGUGAUGUUAUGAAAGCAUCUACAAUGUUGGAGCAUGAAAAUCAAUAUGCUACCAUAUUAGCCUUCGAUGUGAAAGUAGAACGAGACGCGCAAGACUUGGCGGACCAUUUGGGUGUGAAGGUUUUCCAGGCAGACAUCAUUUAUCAUCUAUUUGAUAAGUUCAUGGCGUAUCGGGACGAAAUCAAACAACGGAAACGAGACGAAUUUAAAUCGAUUGCCGUUUUUCCAUGCAAGCUAAAGAUUUUACCACAGUUUGUGUUUAAUUCACGUGAUCCAAUCGUGGUUGGAGUAAUUGUGGAGGCCGGUAUUGUGAAGGAGGGUACACCAAUUACAGUGCCUAGCAAAGAGUUUACUGACCUCGGCGUUGUAACAUCUAUCGAAGCUAACCAUAAACAGAUUGAAAGUGCUCGAAAAGGACAGGAAGUGUGUAUCAAAAUUGAGCCGAUACCUGGUGAAACACCUAAAUUGUAUGGCCGCCACUUUGAUGAAACCGACAUGUUAGUUAGUAAGAUUUCCCGUCAAAGUAUCGAUGCGUGCAAGGAUUACUUCCGGGAUGAUCUUUUGAAAUCCGACUGGACGCUUAUGGUGGAACUCAAGAAGACCUUCCAGAUAUUGUAGAUGGAGGGUUUUUGA